CAAUGUUCAGGUCAUGGUCAAAUGAUGUUACCACAAGGUGAUCAGGAAAAAGACUGUCGUUCUUCACCAAAAAUGCCAUGUUUCGUAGCCGGAGACGAACGCGCAAAGCGCCUCCAUUCUUCAGAAACUCCCAUCAACCAGGAAGCCCGUAGAAUUGUGGUGGGAGAACUCCAGCACAUCACCUUCUCCGAAUUUCUGCCCAAAGUCAUUGGACUGGAUCUACUGAAUGCGCAAGGAUUGGUUCCAAAGAAGACCGGCUAUUACACAGGUAGGAUUCCAAAACACACUUUCCCUCCAGUGUCCGAUUGGCAUAUUCGCCUCGCGAGUGCCUCGCAGAGCAGUCACACUGCCUCAGCGAACGCAUGUCGGCACGCAAAGCUCUCGCGCCGCGGAUGUGUAGCCGCAACAGGAACACUGCAAUUGAGACAGGCUGUAGGGUACGAUGAUACAUGUGACGCGGCCAUAUCGCAACCAUUUGCGACAGCAGCAUUCCGUUUUGGUCACACACUCGUACGACGCAUGUUCCCCAGGAUGAACUACAAUUACAAGUUUGCACAUUUUGCUCAGGCUUUUCAACUUUUCACCUUAAAGUCCGCAAUUUACAGAAAUAUGAGCGAACCAGUUGAUCUCGUCCAACACUUCGGACAUGUGGGACCAAUUUAUGACAAAGAAUCAGGCGGUAUGGAUUCUGUGCUGAUGGGCUUACUCGGAACGCCAUCAAUGGCUUUCGAUCGCCACAUCACAACUGCUCUGCGAAAUCAUUUAUUCAUGCGAAGAGGCGAAGAAAAAAGUGGAAUGGAUCUCAUUGGUUAG